AUGGCGAAAAGAAGUUUGGGUUUAGGCAAGCAGCGGAAGGAAGCUAAGAAGCGGAAAACUGGCACUCAGUUGUCGCCAGAAGGAACUCCGGUUCCUGGCAUGUCGCCAGCGAAUCAACUGGAAAUUGAGUUGGAGGACGGUAUAGACCCAGAUGAUGAAUUGGCGCAGUUACAGGGUCUUUGGAAAACAUACUUUCAGUCGGACAGAGAUGACGAGUUGGUGCUCAACGGCAUUGUCCACGAAUGCGAUAGAAUGCUUCGCGCAGCGAACCAGCAAGACAAGAGCGAGACUUCGCUCACUGUAAAUGACGAGUUUUAUGCUAUCUACGCGCUUGCUUUGAGUGAGCUCACGAUUUUCAAAGCGGGACAAGACGACUCCGCGAAGGAAGUGUCUGGCUUCUUCGAUGCAGCUUUAGAGAUGUGCGAGAAGGGACUCGAAGAAUUCCCUGACUCCAGAGCGCUGAGACUGGCGCGCGCCAAGAUCUUGCUGCAGAGAAUUCCGCUUGAGUACAUUUCCGAUCUGGACGUCACCAGCGAACAGGCAGACAAACUGAAGUUGCACGAGCUCGUAGAGAGAGCGCAAACGGACUUUCAGCUUCUGGAAUCGGAUCCAGAGCUCAGCUUUGAGAUUUUGCAGCUUUUCGACGACUUGGUCGACAUCGUCGAGAAUUAUGGUCAUGAAAAGGAUAUUGAAGAGGGACUCGACAGCGACGACGAAGACGAACUAGAAAUCGUAGAUUUGAGCACCAAACAUCCGCUUUACCUUGUUCGUGAAAACCUUUCUGCACAUCACGAAUGGCUUCGCAAUCAGCUCGCGAACCUUGCAAGUCAACUCGAAAAGAGGGAGAAAUCUCUCAAAAGCACGCUUUUCCACCCUGUCAGCAGGCGUCUUGGACAGCUUUACUUAAAAGCUGCAGAGAAGCCUAGUCAAGUGUUUUUGACGUUAGCAUACGACAACGACGACGACAACCUAACUGAAGUUGACGGCCUAGAUAUGACAGACGCUCAAAAAACCGCCAUUGAGUUCACCUCCAAAGGUGUAAAUCAUUUGGAAAACGCUAAAAAAGAAGACGACCCGCAAACUUGGGUUGACGUUGCAGAAGCCAUCAUAGACUUGGGAAAUCUGUACGACGCAGAGAGCGCCGACCAAGAAGAAUGCUACAAAAAAGCUGAGGGGAUUUUGCGCAAAGCUAACAAGGCAACCCACGGCAAGUUUCAGAACGUUUUGGACAAUUUGGUAGCCUCAGGUUAA